AUGAGCGGCAGCGGCGGCGGCUCCUCGGCACCCGGCCGCUUCGCCGACUACUUCGUCAUCUGCGGGCUGGACACCGAGACCGGGCUGGAGCCGGACGAGCUCUCCGCUUUAUGCCAGUAUAUACAGGCCUCUAAAACCCGAGAUGGUGGCAGCCGUUUCAUUUCAAGUGCAACAGAAGGGGAAAACUUUGAACAGACUCCGUUAAGACGCACAUUUAAAUCCAAAGUUCUUGCUCGCUAUCCUGAGAAUGUUGAAUGGAACCCUUUUGAUCAGGAUGCAGUGGGAAUGCUGUGUAUGCCUAAAGGGCUUGCUUUCAAGACACAAGCAGAUUCCAGAGAACCUCAAUUCCACUCUUUUAUUAUUACUCGUGAAGAUGGCUCGCGGACAUUUGGAUUUUCUCUCACGUUUUUUGAGGAAGUCACUAGCAAACAGAUCUGCAGUGCAAUGCAGACAUUGUAUCAUAUGCACAAUGCUGAAUAUGACAUUCUUCAUACUCCCCCCACCAACGACAAGGAGAGCUGCAGCAGCACUGGGGACUGCAAUGGCACCUCUGUCUCAAAGCUACAGCGAUUUAACUCCUAUGACAUCAGCAGAGACACACUCUAUGUCUCAAAGUGCAUUUGUCUGAUUACUCCAAUGUCUUUCAUGAAAGCUUGUAAGAAAGUUCUAGAACAACUUCACCAAGCAGUGACUUCACCUCAGCCACCACCGCUACCUUUAGAAAGCUACAUCUACAAUAUUCUCUAUGAGGUUCCUCUUCCUCCAGCAGGAAGGUCAUUGAAAUUUUCAGGUGUUUAUGGACCAAUUAUUUGCCAGAGGCCAAGCACCAGUGAGCUGCCAUUGUUUGAUUUUCCAGUUAAAGAAGUUUUUGAAUUGCUUGGAGUAGAAAAUGUGGUUCAACUCUUUACCUGUGCCCUUUUGGAGUUUCAGAUACUGCUUUAUUCACAGCAUUAUCAGAGGCUGAUGACAGUGGCAGAGACCAUCACAGCACUAAUGUUUCCAUUUCAGUGGCAACAUGUGUAUGUUCCUAUCCUUCCAGCAUCCCUCCUUCAUUUUCUAGAUGCUCCUGUCCCUUACCUCAUGGGCUUGCACUCUAAUGGACUGGAUGAUAGGUCUAAGCUGGAACUUCCUCAAGAGGCUAACCUGUGCUUUGUGGAUGUAGACAACCAUUUCAUCGAGCUGCCAGAAGACCUACCCCAGUUUCCAAAUAAACUUGAGUUCAUUCAGGAAAUUUCAGAGAUACUGAUGGCUUUUGGAAUUCCACCUGAGGGAAACCUGCACUGCAGUGAAAGUGCCUCCAAGAUGAAAAGCCUCAGAGCAUGUGACCUGGUUUCUGAUAAAAGAAAUGGGAACAUAGCAGGAUCACCUCUGAAUUCCUAUGAGCUGCUAAAGGAAAAUGAGACUAUUGCAAGACUCCAAGCACUUGUUAAAAGAACAGGUGUGAGUCUAGAAAAGCUGGAGGUGCGAGAGGAGACCAGUAGCAAAAAAGAUCUUAAAAUUCAGUGUGAUGAAGAAGAAUUCAAGAUCUACCAGCUGAACAUUCAGAUUCGGGAAGUUUUUGCCAACCGCUUCACACAAAUGUUUGCAGAUUAUGAAGUGUUUGUCAUUCAGCCCAGUCAGGACAAGGAAUCCUGGUUUACAAACAGAGAACAGAUGCAAAACUUUGAUAAAGCUUCUUUCUUGUCCGACCAGCCUGAACCUUACUUGCCUUUCCUCUCAAGAUUCCUGGAGACCCAAAUGUUUGCAUCCUUUAUUGACAAUAAGAUUAUGUGCCACGAUGAAGACGACAAAGACCCUGUUUUGAGAGUUUUUGAUUCUAGGGUGGAUAAAAUCAGGCUGCUGAACGUCAGGACACCGACUCUGCGCACAUCUAUGUAUCAAAAGUGCACAACCAUUGAUGAGGCUGAGAAAUCUAUUGAAUUAAGGCUGGCAAAAAUAGAUCACACUGCAGUUCACCCACACUUGCUGGACAUGAAAAUUGGACAAGGGAAGUACGAGCUUGGAUUUUUUCCUAAGCUCCAGUCUGACGUUUUAUCCACUGGCCCAGCAAGCAACAAGUGGACAAAGAGGAACGCUCCUGCUCAGUGGAGGCGCAAGGACAGACAGAAGCAACACACGGAGCACCUGCGACUGGACAAUGACCAGAGAGAGAAAUACAUCCAAGAAGCCAGGAAUCUGGGCAGCACCAUUCGGCAGCCCAAACUCUCUAACCUCUCUCCAUCAGUAAUUGCACAAACAAACUGGAAGUUUGUGGAGGGCUUGUUGAAGGAAUGCCGAAAUAAGACUAAGAGGAUGCUGGUUGAGAAAAUGGGUCGAGAAGCUGUGGAGCUUGGUCAUGGUGAAGUGAAUAUCACAGGAGUGGAAGAGAACACCCUGAUAGCCAGUCUGUGUGACCUCUUAGAAAGAAUAUGGAGCCAUGGUCUGCAAGUCAAACAGGGAAAGUCUGCUUUGUGGUCUCAUCUGUUACAUUACCUAGAAAACAGACAAAGAAGAACCACAUCAGGCAGCUUCAGUACCUCAGGAAUACUUCUUGAUUCAGAAAGACGAAAAUCUGAUACAAGUCCAGCCAUGUCACCUCUCAGAAUCUCUCUCAUCCAGGAUAUGAGGCAUAUCCAGAACAUAAGUGAGAUCAAAACAGAUGUUGGCAAGGCCAGAGCCUGGGUUCGCCUCUCUAUGGAAAAGAAGUUGCUUUCUAGGCAUCUGAAACAGUUGCUUUCAGAUCAUGAACUCACAAAAAAACUCUACAAGCGUUAUGCAUUCCUCCGCUGCGAUGAUGAAAAAGAACAAUUCUUGUAUCAUCUCCUGUCAUUCAAUGCUGUUGAUUACUUUUGCUUUACCAAUGUUUUCACAACAAUCUUGAUACCAUACCAUAUAUUGAUUGUUCCCAGCAAGAAACUUGGUGGCUCAAUGUUCACAGCCAAUCCUUGGAUCUGUAUUUCUGGGGAACUGGGUGAAACAGGAGUCCUGCAGAUUCCCAGGAAUAUAUUAGAAAUGACUUUUGAGUGCCAGAACCUGGGAAAACUGACCACAGUGCAAAUAGGACAUGAUAAUUCAGGACUGUAUGCCAAGUGGCUUGUGGAAUACGUUAUGGUCAGAAAUGAAAUAACAGGGCAUACUUACAAGUUUCCUUGUGGAAGGUGGCUUGGGAAGGGAAUGGAUGAUGGCAGCUUAGAGAGGAUCCUGGUGGGAGAGCUGCUGACUUCCCACACUGAGGCUGAUGAGCGGCAGUGCCGAACUCCUCCCCUGCAGCAGUCUCCAAGCAUGAUCAGGAGAUUUGUCACUAUCUCACCAAACAAUAAGCCAAAGUUAAAUACUGGUCAGAUACAAGAAGCUAUUGGUGAAGCAGUUAAUGGUAUUGUCAAGCAUUUCCACAAGCCAGAGAAGGAGAGAGGCAGCCUGACCCUGCUGCUGUGUGGAGAAAGUGGACUUGUUUCAGCUCUCGAACAAGUGUUCCAGCACGGAUUUAAAUCACCGAGACUCUUCAAGAACGUCUUCAUUUGGGAUUUUUUAGAAAAAGCACAAACAUACUAUGAGACCCUUGAGCAGAACGAGAUGGUCCCAGAAGAGAACUGGCAGACAAGGGCCAGGAAUUUCUGUCGCUUUAUCACUGCUAUCAACAACACCCCUAGAAACAUUGGGAAGGAUGGCAAGUUUCAGAUGCUGGUGUGUCUUGGAGCCAGAGACCACCUUUUGCACCACUGGAUCGCCCUGCUUGCAGACUGCCCCAUUACAGCCCAGAUGUAUGAGGACAUAGCUCUGAUUAAGGAUCACACGCUGGUGAAUUCUUUGAUUCGGGUGCUGCAGACCUUGCAGGAGUUCAACAUCACCCUGGAGGCAUCUCUUGUCAAAGGAAUCGACAUCUGACCUCCUGUCCCACAGGAAAAACUGUCUUUAUAAACACAAAAAAAAAGCAACAAGGAGUGAAUCUCGUUAGUAUGCAAAAGUUCUGUCUUGCCAGUACAUUGUAUCGUGAACUUGUUCAUGGCCCAGAAAUGCAACUUAGACUUUUCUUGAAGGAAACUCCAGAAAUAGUACAGGCAAAUGGAUAGAAGCUGUAAACUCAAUGUAAAAAAGAGGAUUUUGGUAUAAAUCUAUUUUAGAGUUUAUUUGCUGAUUUGCUUUUUACACACUUUCAUGUGAAAGAGAUAGAGAUGAGUAUUGUGCAGCUUAUUUUAAAGCUGCAGUAUUUCCUUGCCAUAGAAAAUGUGCAGUGGGCCUUUCAGCAUUCUGUGAACUUGCCUUCAGAUAUGCUGUAUGUCAUAGACCCCAGUGUAUACACUCCAUUUCUGCUGAGAAGGUCAUUCUAUAGUUUUUAAACUAAUAUUUUAUAUAUUAACAUUAUUACCAAUGUUUGAUUUUUAAGGUGUUGGGUCAUGUUCUACUGCAAGGGAACUACAGAUCUGAUCUGUGCUUUUUUUUAAUAGCUCCAAAGCACUGAUUUGUCAACAAUUAUUUUUUUCCUUUAUUUUUGUUGUCAGUAUUAUUUUUAGUGAAAUCCAGGAGACUGAACCGUGAAAUGUCCAGAGAUCAAAGUAAUAUUUUUCAUAUUGGUACGUAAUUGCACAGAAGAAGAAAUUAAGUCUGUUUUUUAACUGAUGUUUUUUAUUUAUUUAACCUAUCAUUGUGUUUUGUAAGUUUGUCUUUUAAAAAAAUCUAUGAUACAACUGGCUAUAUUAUGUUGCAAUUCAGAAUUUACAGUGUAGCCCACUUAAAUGAAAAACCUGGAAUAAUUGUUCAUAACACAAGAACCUUUCCACUAAAGCAAGCCUUUUGAAGCUUGGUAUAUGGUUGCUGCUGGUAAUUCUCUUAACUGCUAAUAAAGAGGGACAUGAGUUCCCCAGGUGCCAGAUGACUAAAUAAAGAUCUUUAUGCCCCAUCUAAAAUAAUAACAGUAUACCUUACUAACAAGUAUAAGGAUUUCUUAAUGUUUCUGAAAAGACAGUUUUCCUUUUGAGUGCAUAUGUCUUGGAUCCCAUUGUCACAGUCUGCUUAGUUUGGGAUGCUUUUGUUUUUAGCAAAGAAAGUUUAGUCCAUUUCUGCUAUGAAACACAAACAUUUUGAAAGCUUAAUUUAUUGGAUAUCUGGAACUUGGCAAAUGCCUAAAGGCAUCUCUGUUCAUUUGAAUCCUCUGAUAAAAAUCUCUUUGAAAUGAAUAUGUGACUUAAGAACAGGCUGAUUUAUCAGCAUCACAAAUUACUGUACAGAAGUUCAGGGCUGUGUAUUUAAGAGGUCUCCACUGUAUAAACUUAUCUCAGUAUUGUUUCUCUUGGAAAAGCAGAGUCCAAGUUUUUUGGUUCAUGCAGUGUUGUAGCACUUUUACCUUACCUACAGCUUAGUCCCAUCUUGUGAUAGUUUUAUUUCCAUAAUUUAUGAGUAUAGCACAUGUAUUAAAUUUUUGACUAUUUUUACUUUUGUCCUAUUUAUUUCAUUAUUAAAUGGAGAAGUUCCUUUGUCACUACUUAUCAGAGCAAGAUUCUUCUUUGAUUUCACAGUAGCAUUAGGAAGAUGUGAGGGGGAUGUCUGAGCCACUCCUCACAUGGGGUGGGUGUGAAUUCUUUCACAGCUUACAGGAGCAUUUCACAGAAGUAUUCUCUGUGUGUGCAGGUUUGGUUUUUUGGUGGUUUUUAAAUUUUUCUUCCCGCCUUGGAAGGGCAAAAAUAAAGAACAGUUAUACUGCAUUCUAAGUAUUUCAUGUAUUCAACUUGAUAUGUUGGGAUAGUAUUUUUACACCUGCUCUAAAUUGUUUAUGCAUUAAUAAUACAAAAAAAAUAUUUUUUUGGUGUUGCUUCAUCUAUCUUGAAAAUUACUUACUAGACCUGUAUAUUUCACAGGGAUAUUAACUAAGAAAGGAAGGUUCCAUAUUUUGACCUUAGCAGAAGAGUUGAUCCUGUUAAAAUCAUCUAUCUCAUAGUAUUAAGGAUGGAUUAAUUUUAUCUUGCAUGAGGUAAUUACCCUGAACUAAGGUUCUUUUUUAUUUUUAGUUUUUUUUCCUUUCCUUACACAAGUUUACCUAGGAAAACAUGAUACCAUUGGCUUAAUGAGUGCUCUGUUGCAGAUUGUUUUGCCUUUUAGGACAGAGAUACCUGGGAUGGGCAGAGGCUGGGAUUUGGUGUUUCCUUGGCUGGCUCAUGGGAUGAUGCUGUGAGAACACCCUGAGUGCUGGCUGCCCAGUGCAAAAGGAAGACACAGAGAUCAUCUUUCCAGCUCCUAGGUUACUUUAUUCUCACAGGAAAAAACAGUUUGAGAUAGACCUUCUUCCUCCUCUCAGGGGACCUAUGCUUAAUCCUGUUAGGGUUGAAAGCAAUUUCUGCUAUGGACUUGCAAGUGUGGAGGGCUUUGCUCCACUGACAGAGCAGUAGAGGGUUCUGAGAUGCAGAAGAAGAAAAAAGCUGGUUUUGUAGCUUCAUAGGCAGCCAGGGAAGAGCAAGACAUUAAAUACAGCCUGUGCCAGGAUUCUGGGAGGAGAUUUGGCUGGUGUGGGUAAGAACAGUCCAGUCUGUAGGAGCAGGCACAAUCCCUCACCACUGCAGGGUUCACCACAAGCCCACCCACUUCUCUCAUGGCUGUUCCUGGCAGCAGUCCCACAGCUUAGGGUCCAGCAUUUGCUCUUGCCAUGCCAUUCUGCUGAAAUUUAUAGGAACAAACAAUGUAGUCAGCACCUUUUAAUCCAGAGCUUUGUAAAAUCCUUCUCCCUUUGUUCAGAGUAAUGCAGUUUUAACUUUGGUUCCUUGUUACUUUUCCAAAAUAAGGCGGCAGGUUUGGUAGGUACAGUUAGUGUGGCUGUGCUGUUCUGUUGUUUAGUGGGGAUUUUUUGGUAACAGUUAAUGAGAAAAGAUAAUCUUUUUAACAGCACACAUUCAUUCUGGAGAGACAAAUGCAGUGAUAAAAAAAAUAAGGGGUUCAUCAUGCAGUAAAUGCAUAGUGCUAAACUGGCCAGACAUGUUUACAGGGUCAUACCUGAUUUGGGAGGAAAAAAUAGGCUAUCAACUAUCAAUUAUUUAGGCUUCUUUGGUUAAUGCUAUAAUGAUACUUUAUACAAAAUGAAAAUGCAAAUUAAUAAAGACUUGGUUUAAAUGUAAUUAAAUACUACGAUGAUAAGUUUAUACAAAAAAAAAAAAAAGCUUUUACCUGCCAUAAACUUUAACCACCUGAUAUUCUGUAGCUGAAAAUAUAUUCAUGAACUGGAGACUAUUCCACAACUUUUUCCAUUACAAAGAGUAUUUUUCAAACUGUUCAAAUGGGACUUACUACUGGAUGAUCCAUACUUUUUAUGUGUUUUAAAUUCAUGAAUAUGUUAAGAUUUCUGCAGUGAAACUAUUCAGAGUUAACCUUUUUCUGUAUAUUGUCAAAUGAAUUUUGUCAGUAGUGAAGAGACUAUAGGAUACUUGAAAAUACUUGAAGAAAUUGUACACGUACUUCACAUCUUUGUAGCUCUUUAUUUUAUACCUAGAGAUUGGCUGUUAAACUAAGAUAAAGCAUCAAUACCUUAUAAACUAUAUAUUUUACUACAUGGGGAAAUCACUGGCUUGUUUUUCUUAAGGGCCGUGUUGAAGUUUACAUUAUAAUGACAAAACCAGGUACUGUUUUCCUUUUUUUAUUUUUCCUGUGACAUUUCAAUCCAUUGGACAUUAAAUGUGAAUUGGAUAUACAAA